CCCUACUCUCCAAAUAGAGUACCCGAGCAAUGUAUCCUUACCUCCACGCCUAUUUCACGAAGUCAAUGGCGGUAACGCGCUCUCUCAGGUCUACCAGUCUUCGCUCUUGUCACGCUUCUGAACCCCAGUGAGCCAAAUAGACACUUCUCAUUUAAACCCCUCGGAGCUUGUUCUUGAGAUCGGUCCCGGAGCUCAGGGAUGCGCCCCAUAUAAGGUGGGAGGUCUAGCUGGGAUACGACAUCGACGGAAGACGCCUAGACGCGUCUCGCAUUCCAUUUUUCCCUGAUGGCGAUGGAGACGAUCCGGCAGCCGCAGGAGCAAUUACCCAAGCCGCCACCGGUCCGGUGCCGGCCGGAGAUAGAUUGCGAACCCCAAGACAUCGACACCAAGAAACUCGGGUUCCCGCCCUGGCCUUCCUCAAGGCCCAAGACGCCGCAGGAUAUCGUUGAGAAUCGAGAGCACAUCAAGGAGCGACUGCCUAAACACAAAUUGAAGGUUGAAGAUUUCGAAUUACUGAAGACGCUGGGGACCGGCACGUUUGCGCGAGUAUGGCUCGUUCGGCUCAAGAAUGUAAAGGACAAGAACAACUCAAUUUUCGCACUAAAGGUCCUUCGCAAAGCUGAUGUCAUCGAACUCAAACAAGUGGAACAUGUCCGUAAUGAGAACAAUGCUCUUCACGCUGUUGCUGGACAUCCGUUCAUCACAACUCUAAUUGCCUCUUUCUCCGACGACCAAUGCCUCUACAUGCUAUUAGACUAUUGCCCCGGCGGUGAAAUAUUCAGCUUCUUGCGUCGCAUACGACGAUUCAACGAGCCCACCGCUAAAUUCUACGCUGCCGAAAUAGUAUUAAUCCUUGAAUACCUCCACGACGUACAGGGCGUUGCAUAUCGUGACCUAAAACCAGAGAACAUCCUUCUUGACGCUGAGGGGCACCUCAAACUAGUUGAUUUCGGUUUCGCGAAGCAACUCUAUAGUCAUGAGACAUAUACCCUCUGUGGAACACCCGAAUAUCUCGCGCCGGAAGUCAUACACAACAGUGGCCAUGGCCUGGCAGUUGACUGGUGGGCACUAGGAAUUCUGAUAUAUGAAUUCUUAGUAGGACAACCUCCCUUCUGGGAUCCAAACCCUUUGCGGAUAUAUGAGCAGAUCGUCGAGGGCCGCCUGCGCUUCCCGUCUCACGUAACACCAGAAGCACGGGACAUAAUAAGUGCGCUAUGCAAGACCAAUCCGUCCGAAAGAUUGGGGUACAUAUCGGGUGGAACAAAACGGGUGAAGGAGCACCCGUUCUUCAAAGGAAUAAACUGGGACGAUCUGUAUCAUCGACGGAUACCAGGGCCAAUAAUACCACGUGUUGAUCAUCCGGCCGACGCAGGGAAUUUCGAGGAGUAUCCGCCUCCACCAGAUCCAAGUACGCAAACUGUAUAUACGGAAGAGAUGAAAAAGAAGUAUGAGGCCUGUUUUAAGGACUUCAACGAUUAAAUCUGUCAUUUCUCUGUCGAUCAGUUCUCUGGCGCUUGCCGCCCGGCCCAUCCCCUAGCGACCCUAGCCGACCUCCCGGGGAUGAUUAUUUCGCCUUAUCCGAAUUUGCCAACGCUUUCCCUACCCCGGACUCCCGGAUCUUCGUAAUCCAUCCCAUGUACUCCGCACAACUCCCCCUCCGCGCGCGACAAUUCAAAACGCGCCUCUCAUCCCACUGUUAAACUGCGUAUUGUCGGACUGUUCUUCAAAGAUCUGCGCUCACCUGUAACUUCCUAUCACCAUACAUUCCUAC